CCUGUUCCGCCGCUCGGACCGCAUGACUUGCAGGUCAGCGUCCGACUUCUCUGAACCCGGAACCUGAUUCAGCGCAGCACAAAAUCCCAGAAUUGAUCAGUUGUAGUCCAAGAAGAGUACGAGCUCAAUUUGAUACUAUUUGUUCAUCUCGAAGCAAUCUCAGGUUUCUCUCGAUCUAGAUCGAGAGAGAGAGAGAGAGAGAGAGAGAGAGAGAGCGCAAUGGCGAAGCCGAGGGCAGACGACGAGGAGCUGAGGAAGGCGGCGGAGGCGGCGAUCGAUGUCGGUGAAGGCAAGCAGAAGAUCGCGAUCGCGAUUCGAGUGACGAAAAGCAACAGCAUAUGGGCGAAAUCUGGUCGGCUGAAUCGUCACAUGUCGAAGCCGAGGGUUCUUGCUCUUACAACCACAUAUUCACCGCAAGGUCAAAAGCCUAAAGCUCUUCUUCAUGUACUGAAAUAUUCUUCUGGAGGAGUUCUUGAGCCUGCAAAACUUUACAAGCUAAAACAUCUUAUAAAAGUGGAGGUUGUUCCAAAUGAUCCUACUGGCUGUACCUUCAUGUUGGGUUUUGAUAAUCUCAGGAGCCAGAGUGUGGCCCCUCCACAGUGGACGAUGCGUAACAUAGAUGACAGGAAUCGGCUUCUUAUAUGCAUUUUUAACAUGUGCAAGGAGAUAAUGGGUCAUAUGCCUAGAGUUGUUGGCAUAGAUAUCGUCGAGAUGGCUCUCUGGGCAAAGGAGAACACCCCAAAAGUUACUCAUCAGGUGAAAGCCCAAGACGGUCCAGUUGCAUCUGUUUUGACACAAAGUGACUCAAAAGUUACCGUUGAGAGGGACCUUGUUUCACAAGCUGAAGAAGAGGACAUGGAGGCUCUUCUUGGCACGUAUGUCAUGGGCAUUGGUGAAGCAGAGGCAUUUUCUGAAAGAUUAAAGAGGGAGCUACUUGCUUUAGAAGCUGCAAAUGUUCAUGCCCUUUUGGGCAGUGAACCCCAGAUACAAGAGGUAUUACAGGGACUAGAAGCAGCUACUGCAUGUGUGGAUGACAUGGAUGAGUGGUUACGCAUAUUCAAUGUCAAGCUCAGACAUAUGAGAGAGGAUAUUCAAUCGAUAGAAUCACGUAACAAUAAGUUGGAGAUGCAGUCAACUAAUGAUGUAGGGCUCAUUGAGGAACUUGACAAGCUACUUGAUCGUUUGCGUAUUCCUUCUGAGUUUGCAGCAUCUCUAACUGGGGGAUCAUUUGAAGAAGCCCGAAUGCUUAAAAAUGUCGAAGCAUGUGAAUGGUUAAAUGGAGCAAUUCGUGGACUUGAAGUGCCUAACUUGGAUCCAUGCUAUGCAAACAUGCGAGCUGUUAGGGAAAAAAGAGCAGAACUAGAAAAGUUGAAGAACACAUUUGUUCGAAGAGCAUCUGAGUUCUUACGAAACUACUUUGCUAGUUUGGUAGAUUUUAUGAUAAAUGACAAGAGCUAUUUUUCUCAGCGAGGGCAGUUAAAAAGGCCUGACCAUGCUGACUUGAGAUAUAAGUGCAGGACAUAUGCACGUCUUUUGCAGCACUUGAAGGGUCUUGACAAAAGUUGUUUAGGUCCUCUGAGAAAGGCAUACUGUCACUCACUUAACCUGUUACUUCGUCGAGAGGCACGUGAAUUUGCAAGUGAACUUCGUGCAAGCACAAAGGCAUCGAGAAACCCAACUGUUUGGCUAGAAGCUUCUGCAGGUCCUGGUCACACAGCAAAUAGUGCGGAUACUUCUAACGUUUCUGAAGCAUACUCGAAGAUGCUUACAAUUUUCAUUCCUCUUCUUGUGGAUGAGAGUUCUUUUUUUGCGCAUUUCAUGUGUUUUGAAGUUCCUGCCUUUGUUCCACCUGGUGCUCUUGCUAAUGGAAACAAAAAUUCAUCUGAUGACAAUGACACAAAUGAUGAUGAUGAUGAUAUAAGUUUUAUAGAUUCUGAUGGAAAUGAUAUCAAGUCGAAUAAUGGACCAACUGAGCUAGGAACAUUAAAUGAAGCUCUUCAAGAAUUACUUGAUGGAAUCCAGGAAGACUUCUAUGCAGUGGUAGAUUGGGCAUACAAAAUUGAUCCACUGCGCUGCAUAUCGAUGCACGGAAUUACAGAGCGUUACCUUUCUGGUCAGAAAGCGGAUGCUGCAGGAUUUGUGCGUCGGCUUCUUGAUGACUUGGAAUCCAGAAUAUCAAUGCAGUUCAAUAGGUUUGUUGAUGAGGCUUGCCAUCAAAUUGAGAGGAAUGAACGUAGUGUACGACAAAUGGGCGUGUUCUCCUAUAUUCCAAGGUUUGCCACACUUGCGACACGUAUGGAGCAAUAUAUACAGGGGCAGUCUAGAGACUUGGUUGACAGAGCCUACACAAAACUAGUCAGCAUAAUGUUUGGGACAUUAGAGAAGAUUGCACAAGGUGAUCAGAAGCAUGCCGACAUUAUACUUUUGGAGAACUAUGCAGCUUUCCAGAACAGCCUUUAUGAUUUGGCUAAUGUUGUGCCAACACUUGCAAAGUUUUAUCAUCAGGCUAGUGAAUCAUAUGAACAAGCAUGCACUCGUCAUAUUAAUAUGAUCAUUUAUAUUCAAUUUGAAAAACUGUUUCAGUUUGCAAGGAAAAUUGAGGAUCUAAUGUACACUAUUACACCUGAGGAGAUCCCAUUUCAGCUUGGAUUGUCAAAGACAGACCUCAGAAAGAUGUUGAAAUCCAGUUUGUCUGGGGUUGACAAAUCCAUCAAUGCCAUGUAUAGGAAAUUGCAAAGGAACUUGACUUCAGAGGAAUUGCUGCCAUCCUUAUGGGAUAAAUGCAAGAAAGAAUUUCUGGACAAGUAUGAGAGCUUUGCUCAAUUGGUUGCCAAGAUAUAUCCUAAUGAGAGCAUUCCAUCUGUGGGAGAAAUGCGAGACCUUCUUGCUUCAAUGUAGACAUAUGUACAUCUUUUUGACAGUGUUGUUGUAAUUUAUGCUUUUUUUCCCUAAGCAUCUUAUCACAUGUCAUGUGUAGUCCUAAGUUCUAGUUUUAGUUCAUUUCUUAAAUAUGUUGUGGAAUAUAUCCUGUAUGAUAACACGCUAUAACUGUAUCUUCUGGAUGACAGUUUUGAGGUGAUUCUUUCACUAAAUAAAAGUAGAUAAGAUGGAGGAAGCACCUACGUGCUUUUAUCAA